AUGUUUCUUUCUUUCUCUCUCUCUCUCUCUCUCUCUCUCUCUCUCUCUCUCUCUCUGUCUGUUCCGUUCUUCCUUCCUUCCGUCUUUACUUCCUUCCUACCUACCUACUUACGUAACUACCUACCUACCUACCUACCUAUCUAUCUAUCUAUCUAUCUAUCUAUCUAUCUUGUCUGUUUAUAUUUAUCUAUCUCUAUCUAUCUUUGUGUUUUUAUAUCUAUCUAUCUAUCUAUCUAUCUAUCUAUCUAUCCUAUCUAUCUAUCUAUCUUAAACAGUUCAUAUCAAUCUCUCUCUUUCUCUCUCUCUCUCUUUCUCUCUCUCUCUUUCACUCACUCACCUUAUCAAUCUAUCUAUCUAUCUAUCUUGGUCUGUUCAUAUCUAUCUAUCUAUCUAUCUCAGUCUGUUUCUACCUAUCUAUUUUGGUAUCUAUCUAUCUAUCUUAAUCAGUUCAUAUCAAGUUCUCUCUCUCUCUCUCUCUCUCUCUCUCUCACACACACACACACACACUCACUCACUCACUCACUCACUCACCUUAUCUAUCUAUCUAUCUAUCUAUCUAUCUAUCUAUCUAUCUAUUCUUGGUCUGUUUAUAUCUGUCUAUCUAUCUCUCUAUCUAUCUCUUUACGAAAAUGGACCCAUGUUUAA